AUGGUCUGGCAGCGGCGACUAACGACGGUGGAGCCAGAGAUGGCUGAUGGUGAGAAGCAAUUGGAGAGCAUGGUGGAGAAAGCAUCCAUCAAGGAUGUGAUGAAGAUCCUCGUGACCUCACACAAGCAGGACAUGCACCAGCUCUGGGCCACCUGCUCCCACCUCAUCGCCAAUUCGGGCCUCCCGCCGGAGGUCCUCGGCAAGCAUCUCCCCAUCAACAUCGUUGCCAAGAUCGAAGAUCUCCGCCUCAAGCCCGGCCACCACUCCUUCCACACCCAUCACAGCCCCUCCACGCAUCACCACUUCCCAGCCGCCCCCACCACUGGACAUGACGACCACCACAAUAUCUCAAGCAUAAGCCGUGCUCUCGACGCAUCCGACAUCGACCUCGUCAAGCUGAUGGUGAUGGGGGAGGGGCUCGACCUCGACAAUGCCCUCGCCCUCCACUAUGCCGUACAAAACUGCAGUCGUGAGGUCGUGAAGGCCCUGCUCGAGCUCGGAGUAGCCGACGUCAACUGGCCGGCAGUGCCUGCCGGCAAGACACCCCUGCCCAUUGCAGUCGAGAUGGUGAAUCCCGACAUGGUGUCGGUCCUCGACCACCAUGCUGAUCCGAACGUCAGGACCAUCGAUGGUGUAUCCCCGUUCGACAUCCUUCGCAACCUGACCUCUGACUUCCUCUUCAAGGGAGCACUCCCGGGGCUAUCCCACAUUGAGCCCAACAAGCUGAGGCUGUGGCUCAAACUAGUCAAGUCUGCUGCGAUGGUCUUAUCACGGGAAGAGGAGGCAGUGGGAAGCAAUCCUACCGGUGGAAGCAAUCCUAACACAGCCAUCUAUCAGUCAAUGAGUACGGAAGGGAGUGAUUGCAAUAUUGCCAGUCACACUUACAGCAGUAUGGUAUGCCGUAGUUUGGAUUCAAGGAUGGUGUACUUGAAUAUAGGAAUGGCUGGUACUUCUCAUAUAGGUUGUACAAUUGGUGAUGGCUGGCACGGCAGUAACCGUAGUAGAGUUUUUUUUUUAAAAUAA